UGAUGACGUACGCCUGCGACGCAAUGACGCAGGGACGUUGAGCGGAAAUGAGCAGCAGCAAUUCUUUCUAGAAAGUACAGUCGCCCCGUUAGCCGAUGCUAGCUAGCUCAAUCUGAGUCUGUGUCGGCUGAACACCGCCCGUCUCUGCACCGACCAACAACCACACAUUCUGUGCGAAGUGCAGCUUUCGUCUGUGGUGUGUUUUCCGGACUGAAGCUCCGCUGGAGGUCGGUUUGCCCACGAAGUCACAUUCCGAGCUAACGCCGCUUGUGCUGUGUUGUCGCUGGCAUCAUGUCCAAGAUAGACUACAGUGUGUGGGACCACAUCGAGGUGUCAGACGAUGAAGAUGAUACCCACCCCAACAUCGACACCCCCAGUCUCUUCAGAUGGAGACACCAGGCUCGGGUGGAGCGAAUGGAAGAAUUCAACAGCAAACUUGAAGACAUAAACAAGGGACUCGCAGAGAGUCGACGCAAGCUUUCAGAGGCACAGAAGAAAGUACAGGAGCUGAACAUUUCGGCAACAGAUGAUGCCAAAGCAGAGCUGAGCAAAGCAGCGGCGGAGGAGAAGAGGCUGAAAAAGGAGACGCGGGAGUGGGAGAAGAAGAGGGAUGAGCACACCAGGGAAGAGAAGAAGAUGCCGUGGAACGUGGACACGCUCAGCAAGGAAGGUUUCAGCAAGAGCGUUGUUAAUGUCAAACCUGACUCUACUGAAGAGACUGAAGAGGAGAAAGAGCAAAAGCAUAAAACCUUUGUAGAGAAAAAUGAAAAGCAGAUCAAACAUUUUGGCAUGAUGCGACGCUGGGAUGACAGCCAGAAGUACCUAUCUGACAACCCUCAUCUUGUCUGUGAGGAGACUGCUAACUACCUGGUCAUCAUGUGCAUUGACCUUGAAGUCGAGGAGAAACAUGCAUUGAUGGAGCAAGUGGCUCAUCAGACCAUCGUCAUGCAGUUCAUUCUAGAGUUGGCCAAAAGCCUCAAGGUGGAUCCCCGCGGGUGCUUCCGUCAGUUUUUCGCCAAGAUUAAGACAGCAGAUCAGCAGUACCAGGAAGCUUUUACUGAUGAGCUUGAGUCAUUUAAGGAGCGAGUUCGCAGCAGGGCAAAGAUCCGCAUAGAAAAGGCUAUGAGGGAGUAUGAGGAAGAGGAACGACAAAAGCGCCUGGGGCCAGGAGGGAUAGAUCCUGUCGAAGUGUACGAGUCCCUGCCACCAGAGAUGCAGAAAUGCUUUGAUGAGAAGGACAUCCAGAUGUUACAAGAUGUUAUUAGCAAAAUGGACCCAACGGAGGCGAAGGCUCUCAUGAAGAGGUGUAUAGACUCGGGGCUCUGGGUCCCCAACUCCAAGACAGACGAUGGGGAUGAAAAAGAGGAAGAUGCCACCUAUGAGGAGGUGAAACAGGAGCAGGAAGAAGCCAAGAAGGAAUGAUCAAUGUUGAUGCUAUGAUUUGUUGCCCAUGCAAAUGUACUUACCCACUGUAUUGCAGCUCCGUUAUGUUUAGGACUAGUUUGCCAACCAAGGGUCAAUGAAAUAUUAUGUUUUAAGGGAUUAUGCGUUCAGUGAUCUACAUGACUUCAUCACAUCAGAAACUCCUGUUUGGAAAAUAAACCGCUGCUUGUAUUUAGGUCUUUUGUUUGUUUGGCCAUCGCUAAAAUUGUAUUCCUACAUUUAUGUGUAUACACCUGUUGAUUUUUGUGGAUGUCUGCCUGCUUCAUCAGUUUCAAUUGGAACAUUCUAUACAUUUUCAGGGGCCUGUACUUCAAAGCUGGAUUUGUAGUUUACGAGGUAACUUCAGUUUUAAUCAUGUAAUGAAGCUUUUUCACUUCCGACAGGGGUAAACCAGCAUGGUUAACCUACGCUGCACUCCUGCUCUUAUCUUGAGGUGUUUAAGUCUGAGGUAACUAGAAAACCAAAGUUGUCAUUCUACAGAAUCCUGAAAGAGACUAAAGAAUUUACAAUCAAAUAAAUAAUAAAGAACAAUUCAUCGUCUCAUAGAUUUCAACUAAUUUCCUAUUCCAGACUUCCAGACUACAUUUGUCCACUCUGGUUUUAAAACAGCUUCGAACUAACGGAGAGUUUAUCACACUGACUAAAUACAUCCUGACUAUUACAGCUUAAUUUUAACUCAACAAAAAUCAUUCUGAUUCCUGACAGUGUUGUUGCUUUGACUGUUAUUAUGUUGCUGCUGCUCGAAACAACAUUAGAAGAAAUACAAUCUAAGUGUGUGGAGUGGGAAAACUCCACACACUGCUCCACAUUCCAAUGAUUGCAAAACAAAAUUUCAGUCCGAUUGACCUCAUCACAUAUUCACCACAUGUCCCGUCUGCUUUGGCAACAGUGUUCAUCAUCAAACAAUAAAAGGAAAAUACUCAGUAAGAAACUUAAUUAACUGAAUGUGCUGAUACACAGUUUAUCCUUAAACCUUUUACAUUCAUAAUUUAUUUCUAGCGUAUUUCUAUUCUACUUAAGUGAUCUUGUUGUUUACGUGUCCUUGUUAAAUGUCAUAACCAAUUUUACAUGCCAGAGUUUCCUUUCAUAUCAUAUAAAGUAAUCAUAGUUGUGGUAAAUGAAGUGUUGUCUGAACAGGUUCAUAUGUGGUUUAUGGUUAGGCAAGGUCAGAUAACUCAAAGAAAAUCUGGGUGUGUUGAAUGUGCUUUGUAGUACAGGCCCCAUGUUGUGUAUUUGUUUUUCUUUGUCAUUUCCAAGUUAAAAAUAUUUGUUUUGACUUUCAGGGUAAUGAGAUGAUAAUUUCCCCCAAUGUUACAUUUUCUACCAACUAGCUUUACUAAAGAUUGUAUUAUGUCCA